GAGUCGGAGUCACAGCCGCAUUGUUGUUGGGGAAGACAGGCUCGGCCUGAGCGGCGGGGCACUGCAACGGUCUUGAUCGAUUGAGAUCCGUUCCGGCGGAAUUGUGCUCCCCCGAAGCCUCCCGGCCACCCUGGAUACUUGGCGGCCACUUCCACGGUUCAUUCAGCCCAGCGUGAACCGCCAGCGGACUGGAUGCGGAUUUAACUGGCGCUCCGCUCCGCAGGCCGCGCCGCCAUUGCUGCUCCGCUCAGAAGCCACAUUCUUGAAAAUACUGAGGGUUCUCACGGCUUCAGCAUGAAGAAGAAAGCUCGACAUCAGCGCCCGGUGGCGCUGAAAAGGGAGUCGUCGCCCAUCAAACCUUCGCCAAACCGGGAGACCCUGACGUACGCGCAGGCUCAGCGGAUGGUGGAGCUGGAGGUGGACGGCCGUGUCCACAGACUGAGCAUCUACGACAAGCUGGACAUCAUCACUGAUGACGACCCCACGGCUCAGGAGAUCAUGGAGUGCAACAGCAACAAAGAAAACACAGAGAAGCCCCAACAAGUUCUGGUGCGCUCUGUGCGCCUCAAAAAUAACCAGCAGAAGAAGAAGAAGAGCACAACGUUGACGGCACCGCCCAGUGGCAGCCACGCUAGCCCCAGCAGCCUGCUAGAACCCCAGGUUCGGACUGUGGAGUACAAUCUACCAGUGGUCCCGAAAAGGCCAGCGCCGUACUACAAGUUCACAGAGCGGACAGCGGAGGAGAUGGACGAGGAAGUGGAGUAUGACAUGGACGAGGAGGACUACGCCUGGCUGGAGCUUCUCAACGAGAAGAGGAAGAGCGAGGGCAUCAGUCAGGUGUCUAACAAUCUGUUUGAGUUUCUCAUGGACCGCUUUGAGAAGGAGUCGUACCUGGCCAUGCAGGGUCAGAGCGACCUUCGGGCACUGGUUGACGAGGACGCUGUCUGCUGCGUCUGCAUGGACGGAGACGGAGCAGACAGCAACGUGAUCCUGUUUUGUGACUCCUGCAACAUCGCAGUGCAUCAGGAGUGCUACGGCGUGCCGUACAUCCCGGAAGGCCAGUGGCUCUGUCGUCACUGCCUUCAGUGUCCGUCGCGACCAGCCGAGUGCGUCUUCUGCCCAAAUCGAGGCGGCGCCCUGAAGAAGACGGACGAUGACCGCUGGGGCCAUGUGGCCUGUGCCCUGUGGGUUCCUGAGGUGGGCUUCUCGGAUACGGUUUUCAUCGAGCCUAUCGAUGGUGUGCGGAACAUCCCGCCCGCCCGCUGGAAACUGACAUGUUACCUGUGUAAGGAAAAAGGAGUGGGGGCGUGCAUCCAGUGCGACAAGAUCAACUGUUACGCCGCCUUCCACGUCAGCUGUGCCCAGAAGGCCGGCCUCUUCAUGAAGAUGGAGCCUGUAAAGGAUGUGACGGUGUCUGGCGCCGCCACCUUCUCCGUGAAAAAGACGGCAUACUGCUGCAGCCACACGCCCGAAGGCUGCGACCGCCGGCCGCUCAACAUCUACGAGGAGGCGCACCGGAAAAACGGCGCCUGUCACAAGAAGAAGGUCAGGCGAGGCAGGGCCCGGGCCAAGUCUUGGCAAAAAAAGAGGACUAAACGAGUUGAGCCAGAGGCUGAACCUGAGGCUCCGAGCAACUCUGGCCCGAGUAUCACUGCUUCAAGUUUCGACACCAUCCUGAACCAAGUAGCUGUUCAGAGGAAGCGUCCUUUCGUCGAGCAUGUGCUGAGCUACUGGGUCCUGAAGAGGCAGUCUAGAAACAAUGUGCCGCUGAUCCGCCGCCUGCAGGCCCACCCGCAGGUGCCCAAGUCCAAGCAAGCGGAUCGUAAAGACACUCACAAAGCGCUGAAGGAGCAGCUGAAGCAGUGGCACCGCCUCCGGCACGACCUGGAGCGAGCGCGUCUGCUGCUGGAGCUCAUCAGGAAAAGAGAGAAGCUCAAGAGGGAGGAGAUGAAGCAGCAGCAGUUGGUGCUGGAGGUCCAGUUGACGCCCUUCAACAUCCUGCUAAGAGCCGUGCUCAGUCAGCUACAGGAGAAGGACCAGUACAACGUCUUUGCUCUACCAGUCAGCACCACAGAGGUCUCGGACUACUUGGAGCACAUAAAGAAGCCCAUGGACUUCUCCACCAUGAGGAAGCAAAUAGACGAGCAGUGCUAUUGCAGCAUGGAUGACUUUGAAGCCGACUUUGACCUAGUCAUCGCCAACUGCAUGAAGUACAACGCCAAGGACACGUUCUUCUACAGGGUGGCUCAGAGGAUGCAGGAGCACGGUGGGGCCAUCAUCCGCAGGGCCCGCAAAGAGGCAGACAGAAUCGGCUUUGACUUCCCCAGCGGGCUGCUGCUGGUCGAAGCACCAAAAGUGGAGGCCCCCCAACCCUUCACUUGGGCGGACGUGGACCGUUUGCUGAAACCUACCUACCGCCAGAUGACGCCUUUAAAGAAUCAGCUGAAGGAGCUGCUAGAGAAGCUGGACCUGAGUAAGGCGAUGAAGCACAGUCCGUCUCGCAGCAAGAGGCUCAAACUGCUCAAGAAGACCAUCACGGAAGUUCGUAGUGAAAUAAGUCUGAAGACGUCUUGUCCGCCAACUCUGCCCACUGCAUCACAGCUCCACCCGUCGACGGAACCUAUACUUAAACCUCCAGAAUCUUCCUGUUCCCGAGAAGAGAACUCAACCCCGCCAACUUUGGAACCACUAUCAUCGUCACAACCAGAAGCACCGCCCACCAAUUUAGAGCCCCCCUCCCUAAAGCCAGUGGAUCACGCCCCCAUGGAACUGGACAGCAAUGACACCACUACCUCAGCCACCUCAGUGCCCCAUGACAAGCUCAACGGUCACCUUCCUGACUCGCUGCUUCCCAACGCCAACUUUCCAGCCGAAGCCUCUGGCGCUUGCAACCGAAGGACUAACAUCCUCUUUAGGAAGUCUAAAAGCACUAGCCCACAGAAACCCCCCAAGAUCCCGGAGGUGUCCUCGUUGUCUCCACUGGGGGCCAAAACCUUCUUGUCUGUGGUUAUUCCUCGACUGGAGACGCUCCUCUUGCCGAAGAAGAGGACGAGGAGUGGCAGCGUGGACUGUCAGGAAGACGAAGAGUCGCCAAUAAAGCGUCUAGGCACAGGGAUUGCCAACGGUUUUGUGGUGGAGGAGGAAGAGGAGGAUGUCUCGCCGCCUCGUCUGCUGGAGCCUCGCCGCCGCUGCGCCUCCGAGUCAAGCAUCUCUUCAGCUGGCAGCGUUCUGUCAGGAACCGGCACCGUCGUCGUCUCGAAAAACGGCAAAGGGCGACAGGCGGCGGCACGACGCAACACCGUAGAUGUCAAAAGCAGUCCGACUUCCUGCACUGAGAACGGAGAGCUGAGCAGACCCGUAAAGGUCUCGGCAGAGGCGUGGAAGCCCUCCGCUGCCUUCCCAUUUGUUCUGGAACCUCUUAAGCUAGUUUGGGCUAAAUGUAGUGGAUAUCCCUCCUAUCCCGCCCUGAUCAUGGACCCACGGCCACGGAGGAUGGGGCGCCGGCACAACGGGGCGGAGCUUCCCCGUCCACCACAGGACGUGCUCCGAGCCGGAGAGCGGAUGCAGUUCAGGUCCGCCGAGAAACUCUUCCUCGUCCACUUCUUCGACAGCAAACGCAGCUGGCAAUGGCUUCCUAAAUCCAAGAUGGCUCCCUUUGGGAUGGACCAGACGCUCGACAGGAUCAAGCUGCUGGAGUCUCGCCGCUCCAGCCUGCAGAAGUCGGUGCAGCUCGCCUUCGACCGCGCCAUGAACCACCUGAACGGCAUCGGCGGGCUGGAACCAAGCGCCGACUGAACGCCGCCGUCAUCCAUCGCUCUCUCUUUCUCUCUCUCUCCCUUUGCGUCUGGUCAGCGGUUGUUUUUUUCGCUUUGAAUGCCGCAGAGAUGCGCCUUGUACGCACAACGUCGGAAAUACUGUAGCUGCCGAGGGUGCUGUGUCAAAGAGCUAUGCAACGACACGACUCGCUCGGCAAGAGAAAGACUCGUUGAAAGACGUGACGACCGAAUGUGACCUCUUCACGUGCGCUGCAGCAGUCUCACGUGCACGUGCGUGGCGGCAACACAGCCCGACACUAAUUUAUUCACUCCCUCACUCGGACAUUGGACGCGGCCUUCUCCCGCUGGUGCUAUCUCAUUCAUACAUGUUUUUUUAUCCACCUUGUUUUGUAAGUUAUUGACGUGUGGAACUUCUCAUCUUUGGCAUUAUUGUUUUUAUACUCAAUGUUUUUACAGGACUACUCGUUUGUACAUAUUUAUAUCAAAUCUAUAGAGAUUACAUCGUAGUUUCAAACGGCAAAACCAAAAAAAAAAAAGCAUCUGCCUCCCACAGAUUCCUCAUAUUUUUGUUUUGUUACUUUGACAAAAGUAGUGUUUCUGGGCCUGUGUGUGUUUUGCGGCUGCAGGAUAGGGAAGAAUGUGCCCGUGCUUAUUUAUUGUAAAGCAGAUGACUUUAUAGAGAGACUACAGUGACAAAAUAGCUGGCUCACUUCUUUUUCCAUUUCAACUUGCGCUGAGGUAAUAGAGGCUUUUAUUUUGAAAAAGUUAUAUAGCGAUGGGUGUACUUCCGGUUCCCCUCCUCCCCACCUUGGAUGUGGUUGUUGUGUGUAAAUAGUUUUGGUACUUAGCUGAUUUCUGGGAAUUGAAAAUGUUAUUAUAGUGGAAACCAGCCAACAUGCUGGCAGUUUUUAUACUAAAACACUGAAAAAUUAAAUAUGUAUUGAAUCACA